AUGAUAGAUAAUAUUUUCCAUAAUGUAGAAAAUCUUCAUAUUCAAACUCAUGCACAAAUCAAAAAAAUAUUUGAUCGCUUCCAUAAUUUAAAGUCCAAGCUUCUUGAAUAUAUCAAUUCAAUUUAAGAAAAUUUAUAAUUAUGGAAUAAGGAGUUUAAUUCUAAAUUUAAUUAACUAAAUAAAGAAGAUGUAGCCUAAGCAAAAGUAUAGUAUCAAAAAAUGGAAGAAGAAAAUAAAAAUUGGAUUACUAAAAUUUCAAAUGCUUUAAAUAAAAUGAAGAAUUGUGAUGAAUACUAAAGUUUUUUUAAUUAACUCUAAGGAAUUCACAAAGAAGAUUGUGAAAUUAAAUUAAUAAGUACAAUAAUAUAAUAGGAAUGUGAAUGUAAUGCUAUUUCAAUCAAUAAAUCUGGAUAAUUGAUUGCAACUGGAGAUGCAGAAAAUAUCAGCAUAUGGGAAUGCAAAGAAGGAAAUAUGAAAAGAGUUUAACAGAUAACAAAACAUCCAUAAUCUGUCUCUUGUUUAAUUUUUAGCAGAUAUACAAAUUCAUUUAUUUCUGCUUGUAAAGGAGGCAGAAUUCAUUGUUGGUAAUAAACUGCUGGCAUUGGAAAUUUUUAAUCUAAAUCUGAAUAAUUUCAAUAUGGACCAAUAAAUUGUAUGAUAUUAAACAAAGAAGAUAAUCAACUUUUUAGUGGAAGUGAAGCUAAUAGAAUUAUUGUUUGGAAAGUAGAUUUUGAAUCUUAUGAAUUAACAAAAAUGUAAGAAUUAUAAGCAUAAGGUUAUGUUGAGGGUUUAGCUUUGAAUCCAUCUGAAUAGAUUUUAGCAUCCACAUUGAAUAAUAAAGAAAUUGCUAUCUAUAAAAAACAAAACAACAAAAAAUGGUAUUUUCAUUCAAAUGCUACAAAAAUCACUGAUGAGUCUGGAUCAAGAAUAUGUUUUUUAUCUGAAAAGAAUUUCAUUUGGGUCACUGGGGGAUAAGUUGGAAUAGAUUCUAUUUGUUUUUUUGUAGAGGAUAAUGGGCAAUACAAAGAGACAGAAAAGAAAAUAAAAUUGACUGAAAAUAAAAAGGAAUAUGAUUUUCAUCAAUUUGAUAUAAUUUAUUAGAGAGAGAAAAAUAUUGUAAUUAUUAAAUAAAAAUUUUAAAUAUGGAUUAUGAGAGUUAAUUAUAAUGGUGAAUUGGAAAAAAUAAGUGUAAUUUAAUGUAAUUCUAAAAGAACUGUGGGAACUUUAACUCAUGAUGGGAGCAAGUUUAUAUAUUUUGAAAGAAUUGAUAAUAGAGUUGGAAAAUUUUAUAUAUAUAAUCUUGAGCUAAAUUGA